AAUUCACUAGCAGACAGGUUGGCUGCAGGUCAACUGGCUGCUCUUGUAAUUCUCAUUCUUGAGGGAUGGAUCAUCGAAGCCACAGGGCUGACUCAUGCGCCCGGGCUGAGUUAAAAAACUUCUGGAGCGCUCAGAGAACAAACACAGUCUGCUGUGGGACUCUGCUGUGCACUUCUCAGGCUCUGAGUGUCAGCCUGGGAUUAUUCGGGACAGAAACUCUUGAUGAAAACUUGAAAAUGGACUACACAUGGCUGUUGCUGCUCAACCUCAGUGGAGCUAUUUGUGCAGUGGUGCAAUGGACAGAAUUAGAAGAAGCAAAGGCCUAUUUGAGGCAAUAUGGUUACCUGAAUGACCACGCUGAUCCAGAGGACCCUUAUCACCUGGAGGAGGUCAUUGAAGCUCUCAGGGUUUUUCAGGGGGUGAAUGAUCUGCCUCCUACUGGAGAACUGGAUGAAGCUACUCUGAAUGUGAUGAGACAGCCACGCUGCGGCUUGGAGGACCCCUUCAAUAAGAAACAACACAAAUACAGAGUGAUGGGUCGUUGGAGAAAGAGGAGUCUGACCUACCGCAUCUACAACUACACACCUGACAUGAAGAAGGCCGAGGUCAAGAUGGCCAUCAGCUCUGCCUUCAAGUACUGGAGUGAUGUGGCUGCUUUGAGUUUCAGAGAAGUCAGCUAUGGCAGAGCAGACAUUCAGCUCUACUUCCAUAGAAAAGAUGGCUUCUGCUCUGUCCCAUUCGAUGGCCGUGGUCAUGUACUCGCCCAUGCUGAGUCACCAGAAUCUGGCAUUGUCCAUUUUGAUGAGGAUGAGUUCUGGACCGAGGGAACAUAUUAUGGUACUAAUCUGCGUAUUGUGGCUGCACAUGAAAUUGGCCACGCCCUCGGCCUGGGCCACUCUCAGUUCAGAAGCGCUCUGAUGGCUCCAAUCUACACUGGUUACCGUGUCAACUUCAGGUUGCAUACAGAUGAUAUCAGAGGCAUCCAGGUGUUAUACGGCAAACGUAUCACCAGCACUUUAGCCAGUCCAACACCCCCGGACAGUCUGGUUUCCGAGGAAACCAGCCAUGACACUGAGAACAUCCCUAACCCCUGCACUGCCACACUGGAUGCCAUCAUGUUAGGUCCAUGGAGGAAAACCUUUGCUUUCAGUGGUGAUUAUGUCUGGACGAUCUCUGAUCUGGGACACAACACACCAAUAAAGAUUGACAGGCUGUGGAGGGCCCUCCCUGGAAACCUAAGUGCUGCUGUGCACUCUCAAAGAUCCAACAAGACAUACUUUUUUAAAGGCGAUAAAGUGUGGAGGUAUACCAUGUUUGUGCUGGACUACGGCUACCCCAAACAGGUCAAACGGAUCCCACCUAAUAUUAAUGCAGCCGUGUACCUGGAGAAGAACAAGAAGCUGGUCUUUAUCAAGGGUUCACAACACUGGCAGUGGGAUGAGCUGACAUACUCGGACUUAAGUUUCUACCCCAAACCGCUCUCUAUGCUUUUCACCGGAGUUCCGUCCAGUCCGGAUGCAGCCUUCACCUGGACCAACGGCAAGAUCUUUUUCUAAGGAGAUGAGUACUGGCGUGUGAAUGAGCUGCUGAGGGUCGACAGAGGAUACCCACUGAGCAAGAAGGAGCGCUGGAUGCGAUGCUAGGGUUCCACCAUCAGGGGGCAGCAUGUAUCAAGAGGUCCACAGCAGGGGUGCUGGUUCUACUCCAGAGGCAUUCACAACAGACAACCUCAAUAGCGGUGAUUAAUUGUGAAUUGUCAUCCAAUACGUAAAAACAAAACUGCGUGGGAAUUGAUUGUAUUUCACUGGAUCUGAUUUUAACCAAGCUACAGCCUUCACGGCAAGCUUUUUUAGGCUUACUCUUUGAGCACAAAAAUGUUUGUGAAAAUUAUGUAAGCUUUUGCAUAAUCUCAGGGAGAAACCAAGGGAGGCAAUGUUUUUUGUCUCCAACAUAUGUGUUGGAUUAUGUGUUAAUUCUUUUAGUAAGAUGUAAUAUGACGAUGGGAGUGUGCCCUUUCUGUUCAGACAUUCUGUUCAAUCAAUUAUGUGACUUUUAAAAGUAUGUUUAGUGUCACGUAACACUUCCAUUGUCGCAUGAAUCACACUGGUCAGUCAGAAAUCAUGUGAUAUAGAUAAAAUGUAACAUUUUCUACAAUUAAACAAGAGUCUGCUG